UCUUUCCUCACUGAUCCAGGAAGAUGUCUCUACUUGGGACCUUUGCUGUGCUAAUCUUCUUGGUCUUUAGCUCCCUGGGAAGAGCUCAGAAGAUUGAGCAGCCAGGAUUCGCCACUGUGUUGGAUGGAACAUCUAUCAACCUCAGCUGCAACCUCUCUUCGGUCACAACAGAAAGGAAUGUGUGGUAUCGGCAGCUCCCUGGCAAAGGACUCCAGUAUAUUGCUGGAGCUUUUAAGGGAUCCAGUGAUACAAGUACCGACCCCAAGGGCACCUUGUCAUUCUCGGAGGAUAAGAAAUCCAGUACUCUCGUUCUCCAGGAGGUCGCAUUGGCAGAUGCUGCAGUCUACUUCUGUGCUCUGACACAGAGAAAUAAUAGCAACAACAAAUUCACCUUUGGAUCUGGCACAAGGUUGCUUGUAUUGCCAAAUAUUCCGGAUUCAAAACCUUCUGUCUACAAAUUACAGCCGACUGAUGAAAAAGGGAAAGACAUUUCUGCUUGCCUCUUCACCGAUUAUUCUCCAGCUGAAAAAGAGUCAUUCAAAGCGAAGAUGGAUGAUUCUGAGUUCAUAUCUGUCGAUAGCUCAGUUGUGGUAGUGAAAGACCCGGAAGGCAGCAGUCAAACAGCCAGUUAUGGAGCCGUUCUCUGGGGCCCAAAGAACAACAAAUUUAAGUGUUCUGCUUGGCACAAGAACAAGACCUUCGAUGAGUCAGACGAGUCCAUUCCUGCCCAAUCAGAAGGAUCAACUGAGUCAGAUUCCCGGCUGAGUCUCCUUUCUCUCACGGUGUUAGGACUGAGGGUUAUUUUCUUCAAGACUGUUGCUGUCAACUUACUCAUCACCUUACAGCUCUGGUCAAGAUGAGGAAUGACAAGAAAAUGUAAAUAUCUGGGUGAGAUAUUGUGAAAGAACCCCCUUGGAAGCUUGUACCCUCUCCAUCUGUGGACAAACACAAAGAAGAGUGGAUUUACUCCGCGGCGGAGAACCACAUUGCAUCCUUCCUGUAUUCCUUCUUCCAUGGCUUGUCAACAUUUAUACUGGCAAGGAGAGACUUUGCAUUCUGGAUUUCUGCUUCUCAUGCAGCCCUUCAAGCACAGGAGCCUUGAGAAGAAAACAAGUUGGCAAAGCAGCUUCCUGUGCCGCUCUGUUGUAUGAUGCUAUCUUCUGAAUGUAAUCUACCCUCACAUCCUGUAUUGUACUGAAUAUUAAAAUGUAUACGUUUUUGAA